AUCACCAUAUAUACUAUCACCAUAUACACUAUCACCAUAUACACCAUCACCAUAUAUACUAUCACCAUAUAGACUAUCACCAUGUACACUAUCACCAUAUACACUAUCACCAUAUACACUAUCACCAUACACAAUCACCAUAUCAACUAUCACCAUAUACACUAUCACCAUACACAAUCACCAUAUCAACUAUCACCAUAUACACUAUCACCAUACACUAUCACCAUACACUAUCACCAUAUACACUAUCACCAUGCACUAUCACCAUAUAUGCUAUCACCAUAAAAACUAUCACCAUAUACACUAUCACCAU